CAUGAAUUUACAUAAAAAUUGAACGUAUAGCAGCAAAAAGAUUCCGAAGAAAUCUGGUUCUUUGUCACAAAAAACAUUAAUAAGUAACUGGUAACCAAAAUUAUUUUUCGACAAAAAUCAACCGAUGAACAACGCUCAAUAGAUCAGUCUUCGGUUAGGAUGGUUCCUUCGUGGAUAAUUUCGACGAUCUAAUGUGUGGUCGGGUGGGUGAUACUUGAAGUGUUGUUUCGGUAACAAAAUAACAAACAUUUUUCAUUACUUUUUUCUAUAUGCACAACAAUAUCAAUACCACUGGUUUCGUUUAUUACCUAGGAAGAUGUUCCCGGAAGAAAUCUCCUUCUUUGUCUUGAAUCCAGUAGACUUUUGGUCGGUGUUAUCUACGUAUCUGUAACAUACAUUGAAUUAACGGCGUGUUCGUAAAUUGAUUUUUUCUAUCGAAGUGAUUUUUUCUAUCGAAGUUGGCGUUCGUAAAUUAAACAAACUGUAUGCAAAAGCAUUGGAAGGUGAUUUGACAUCUACCAAACAAAUCGAUGCAUCACCCAAACAAAUCAGUUUACGAACACGCCGUAAAUGAUGAUAAUGUCUGAUAAAUUCGCAGCAAUUUCACACGAAUGAAAACAAAGUUUUGGAAAAACACUGGAAAACACAUCCCACUUGGUGAAAAAACUUUGAUAGAAAUCAGUUUGGAAUCAAUAUCUUUCGAUAACUUUCUUCUGUCAUCAAAAAGAAUGGUGUUGCUGCAAGGGUGCUGACGGACAGCACUGCAGCCCCUACUGUAACAAUCAUUAAUGACGACUCCGGAGAUGACAGCGGGGCCAUACCGGAACGAGCGGGAAAGGACACAAAUAUGUGAGAUAGUCUGUUAAGUUAGCUAGCUCAAGCGGGUGUUGUAACAGCAAAUUACGUAGUGGUUUCAGACACGAGUAUUGAUUAGUUAAAGUUAAAUUUAUUACGGUUGAAUGCGACGGUGAACGGUAUAAUAAGUGGAUCAGCGAUAGAAUAAGUGGAGCUGUAGUUUGGUUUAGUUGGAUUGAUCCAAGUAAAUACGUUGGAGAUUGGAUUUACGUUACCGUGCAUUCUAGUAGCGAUCAGUAAAGUUGAUUUAUAGCAAGUUCAGAGAUUCGAAGUAAGCUCAGAUAUUUUGUUUAUCCUAUAUUUACUUAUCAAACUAUUUUUCCCAGUAGACAGAAGGAAUUGUAAUCGUAGAGUUGAAUCAGGGGAAACAUUCGAAAAGGCUCACUGAAUAGUAAGUCAGAAUUACUUGAAAUCUAAUUGUAAUAAUCUAAUCAACAAUAUAUUUUUUAGUUGAAGUUCUUUCAUCACCACAAAUAAAGUUCUAUCAAUACCAGAACGUGCCCUUUGAUUGCUCCCUGUGACAACAAUCUUCAAUAUUCAAUCUGCCAUGCCGACCAGCAGUGAGGAUGAUUUUAACACAACGGAUUUGGAAAAUACAUUCAGCUGUCGGGCAUGCGAAAAGCCAGAUUCCGCCGAGAAUUUAGUAGCCUGCGAUAAAUGCGAUGAUUGGUUGCAUUUUUCGUGUGCUGGAGUUGGACCUGAAGUGAAGAAUUUACCGUGGUUAUGCGACAAGUGUUCGCCUCCCGUAACGAAAGCUGUGUCAGUUCGCUCGACAACAUCUGUCCGGAAAGCGAAGCUCGAAUUGGAGCUCAAGCGCCUGGAAGAACAAGAGCAGAUCGCGCAAAAGUUUCUCGAAAAAAAAUACCGGAAGAUAGAAGAAUCUCUUCAAGAAGACGAAGAAGAUCGUCGCAGUGAGAAAGCUCGCCGAGAAGUGUCGGCGAAGGAAAAAAAUUUACGUACAACGGAAUGGGUGAUUAGUCAGCCCGGUUCUGAACUGGAAGGGGCUGCCGGAAGACCGAAUCCCUCCUCAACUGGUGGAAUGGGUCAAAGUGAGGCGCCGAAUGCGGGAAAAGGCGAAAACGAGAAGUUAUCCGAACCAAUGCUUUGUAGCUUGCAAAAACAAUUACAGUCCUGCCAAGGUGCAGCAUGUCCCACAGCAGAACAGCUUCAGGAGUUACAAGAUAUGCUAAAGUUAUGCCAACUUGAAUUAGCAGGACAGAAAUCUAGUUUACCGUUAAGUCGUGAUCCCCUUCAGGAAUCAAUUGGGCAAUGGAAACCGACCGAACCAGAAGGAUUGCUGUCCCGUCAGCCAAGUGUCCCUCCUCAGCCACAACCAUCAUUAGCCGUCUCAUUUGCAAAAGGAGCAAUACCAAAAACGAACACCCAUCGUCCCAAAUCAAAUAGAAGGAGUGAAAAAACGAUGCCUCGUAUUCCGGAAUAUGAACCCGAGUCGUUUAGCAGAAAAUCGAGGUACCAAGAACACCAGAUAGAUGAAACAUGUUUGGUAAAUCUACAACCGCACGCAAUUGAAGUGGACCAACCAAAGAAUGAUUAUGCAACUCAUCAACUAGUCAAUACCACACCCACAAAGCAACAAAUGGCUGCAAGGAAAACGUUUGGCGGAAAUCUACCAUCCUUUUCCGGAAACCCACUUGACUGGCCAGUGUUCAUCAGUCACUUCACCUUCACGUCGGAAGCGUGUGGAUUCAACAACGGUGAGAACAUGCUCCGGCUGCAACGAUGUCUCACAGGAGCUGCAUGGGAAUCUGUUCGUAGUCGAUUAAUUUUACCGACUUCAGUACCAUCCGUGAUUGAAACUUUACGGGAAAGAUUCGGUAAACCUGAAGUUAUCAUAGAGUCUUUGAUAGAAAGAGUUAAAAACACCGCACCACCGAGAGCAGACAGAUUAGCUUCCUUUAUCGACUUUGGUACUAUGGUACAAGCUCUUUGUGAUCACAUCGAAGCUGCUGACUUAAAGGACCAUAUGUCCAACCCUACGCUGUUGAAGUACUUGAUCGGCAAGUUGCCCGACGAUUAUAAAAUGCAAUGGGCACGCUUUCGUCGUGUCAGUAACACUAUUGACCUAAGAACGUUUGCUUCAUUUAUGAAUGAAAUAGUUGCCGAUGCUGUUAGCGUAACACCGUACCCGAAAGAUUUUCCAGUGCGCCACGCCAAGCUCCGACCUGAUCGAAACUAUUUCCAUUCGAUUACCGGGGGGAGCCACAGUGGCGAGGAGGCCGAAUUCGAUGAGGUGCCAUUAUUAGUUUCGAAUAUUGAGUGCGCCGUUUGCCGAAAAGAGGGACAUCGUUCAAAGGAUUGCAGAGAGUUCCUAUCAUUGACCAUAGAUGAAAGAUGGGACCGCAUUAAUAGUUUAAACCUCUGUCGGGCUUGCCUUUACAGUCAUGGUCGAAGGACUUGUCGGAACAAGAAUCGGUGUGGAACUAACGGUUGUGAUAUGCGCCACCAUCCUCUCCUGCACCGAAUCCUCAAGCCUAAGGCAGGCACGUCCUCGAAUGAAGUAGCUUCUGUUGUACACCAGUUUCAUGAAUCUUUCACGCCAUCUCUUCUGUACCGUAUUAUUCCAGUUAUGGUUCACAAAGGAAAAAUAUCGAUCCAUACAUAUGCAUUUAUCGAUGAAGGAUCGUCGUUGACGAUGUUGGAGACUGAACUCGCCAACAAGCUAGGAUUAAAAGGCUCUAAACGACCAUUGUGCUUGAAAUGGACAGGAGAUGUGACCCGCACGGAAUACGAUUCCCAACGAGUUUCAUUUGAAAUUUCGGAGAGAGAGGGGACCAAACGCUAUGUCUUAGAAAAUGUGGGAACCGUUAAGUCAUUAAACUUACCUGAUCAAACUCUAUCUAUAAACAAGCUAAAAGAGCGUUUCGACCAUCUGCGAGGAUUGCCAAUCAUCGAUUAUCAAAAUGCAAGUCCUCAACUGCUCAUUGGAGUGGAUAAUUUGAGUCUGGUUGUUCCUUUGAAAGCCCGUGAAGGAGUCUCCGGAGGACCUAUCGCUGUACGUACGCGCCUCGGUUGGUGCGUGUAUGGAGGGAAAGCUGACAAAAAGACGAUGACCGGUAAUUAUCAUAUCUGCGACUGUGGAAGCGACACACGGAUGGAUGAUGCUCUGAAAGGUUAUUUUGAAAGCGAAGAAGUAGGAACGAAAACGAUCAAACUAGAGCCUAGCAGUAUGGACCAACGUGCAAUGCAGCUACUGAAAGAUGCAACAGUAUUUGUGGGAGAUCGAUACGAAUCUGCGCUGUUGUGGAAGUACGACCAUAUCGAGCUUCCAGAUAGCUACCCUAUGGCCGUAAGUCGGCUGCGAUGUCUAGAGAGAAAAAUGGAAAAGGACCCUGCAUUGAAAGCAAAUGUCACUCGCCAAAUAUUGGAGUAUCAACAGAAGGGAUUUUGUCACCGGGCAACUCGUGCUGAACUGGAAGUUGCUGAUCCAAGACGAACCUGGUAUCUUCCGUUGGGAGCUGUAACCAACCCCAAAAAACCCGGGAAGGUGCGCCUUAUCUGGGACGCUGCCGCCGAAGUUAACAAGGUGUCCCUUAAUUCUGUUUUGCUAAAGGGCCCAGACCAAUUGACGCCACUCCCCUCAGUACUCUUUCGUUUCCGUCAAUUUCCCAUUGCUGUGUGUGCGGAUAUACGGGAAAUGUAUCACCAAAUACGUAUCCGAGAGGUGGAUCGGAACUCGCAAAGGUUCUUGUGGCGUGACCAUCCCGGUCAGGACCCCGAAAUCUUCUUAAUGGAUGUCGCCACCUUUGGCGCGAGCUGUUCACCAGCAACGGCACAAUUCGUUAAAAACACGAAUGCCCUACGGUUCAAACAACAAUACCCAGAAGCAGUUAAGGAGAUAAUUGAUGGUCACUACGUUGACGAUUGUGCUACUAGUUUUCGAUGUAUAGAAGAAGCAAAAAUCACUUCUUGGCAAAUCAAGUACAUACACAAAUGUGGGGGUUUUGAUCUUCGGAAUUUCUGCUCUAACAGCCGUGAGGUUCUCCAUUAUUUGGGAGAAAAGGAGGCAGGAACUGUAAAAAAUCUGAUACCAGAAAAUGAUGAUGCACCCGAACGUGUCUUAGGAUUGCUCUGGGAUACUAUGCAGGAUAAACUUCGUUUUCCCACUACUAUGCGUAAGGACAUCGCAAAUCUCAUUGAACAGGGUCUGAAACCAACCAAACGCGAAGUUCUAAGAUGUGUCAUGUCCCUGUUCGACCCUCUUGGAUUACUGGCUCCAUACCUUAUCUUCGGAAAAAUACUGAUGCAGGAAAUCUGGCGUAAAGGUCUUGGCUGGGAUGAACAGAUUGACGACGACUCCUUUGAGCUAUGGUGUAAGUGGACGAAAAUCUUAGAAAAUAUCAACGACAUCGGAGUUCCUCGGUGCUAUUUUUCAAUGGCUGUCCAAGAAGUCGAAAUCCACACAUUCACGGAUGCGAGUGAAGCUGCAUACUCCUGUGCAACAUACUUCCGGUUUGUAAAAUCCACAGGUACAACUGAAGUUACCCUUGUCGGCGCGAAAACAAAGGUAGCUCCGCUAAAACCAUGGUCAAUUCCUCGACUCGAAUUACAAGGAUGCGUCUUAGGAGCUCGAUUCACCCGAUUUAUCGAAGAAGGUCAUUCUUUGAAAACCAUCAGAAGAAUAAUGUGGUCAGAUUCUACUACAGCACUAAGUUGGAUCAAUGCUGAUCCACGAAAAUUUCAUCGGUUUGUAGCGUUCAGAGUAGCAGAAAUAUUGGAACUGUCACACAAAACUGAAUGGAGAUGGGUUCCGACAAAACAAAACCCGGCGGACGAAGCCACUAAGUGGGGUACGGGACCGUCAGUCAAUAGCAAUAGUAUUUGGUUCACCGGACCGAAGUUUCUUUUGGAGACCGAAGACAAAUGGCCAGUGAGGAAGUCGACCAGCACCACGGACGAAGAGCUACGAGCGUGUCACGUACAAUACGAAAUUUUGCUGCCAGAAUCACAAUUAGAAAUCGGACGGUUUUCGAAGUGGAAUCGGCUCCUCCGGACGACGGCGUACACUCAUCGAUUCAUUUCUGUAAUGUGCCCCUCGGUAGGAAGUCACUCGAGUGGAGGGCUGUCUUCAAAAGAGCUAAAACAGGCUGAAACGACUCUAUUUAAACAAGCUCAGUGGGAAGACUACCCAGAUGAAAUGGUUUUUUUUAGGAAAAAACGGCACUCUCCCAAAGAUCACAAAUACCUUAACAAAUCCAGCAAGCUAUACCAACUAACGCCGACACUUGAUGAACAAGGAGUUCUUCGCCUCGAUGGGAGGAUUGGACGCACACCGCGGGUAGCAUUAGAUUUGAAAUAUCCUAUUAUGUGUAUAGCACCAAACCGAAUAGCGACAGCAGGACUAGCGACGCUUUUUUACUAGCGAGAUUCCUGUCAUUCGCAGGUUUGUUAUUCUUUUUUCAGUCCAGUAGGCGAUUUCAAUGUAGUACUCGAACAUUGUUUAUGUUAUUUACUCAUUUUCCCUAGGUCAUCAAUCGCAUGCUUCAAGUUUCCUAGGAAACUCGCGAUGCGUCGUUAUUAAUUUCAACGUCGCGACGUAUGCGACGUGUCGCUAGUAGGCAAAGCUGCUUUGAUUACUAGCGCUCAUAUUUUGAAUUUUUUCUGCAUGUAUAAUAUUAUCCUUUCUAAAACACAUCGUAUUACUUAUCUCCUUGUCGACCAUUACCAUCGGAAAUAUCACCAUGGGAACAACGAAACUGUUGUGAAUGAAAUAAGACAGCGAUUCCAUAUUUCUUCCCUGCGAUCACUCGUUAAAGAGGUCUCAAAAAAAUGCCAAUACUGUAAAGUAUACAGAGCACACCCGACAGUUCCUAGAAUGGCAUCGCUGCCUCUGGCCAGAUUAUCUCCAAGAAUCCGUCCAUUCACCUAUGUUGGGGUGGAUUAUUUUGGUCCCCUGACAGUUAAAGUUGGUAGGGCGAAGGCCAAAAGGUGGGUGUCCCUCUUCACCUGUCUUACGGUACGUGCAGUACACCUUGAAGUGGUCCAUAGUUUAACAACCGAAGCAUGUGUUAUGGGCAUACGUCGCUUCAUCAGUCGUCGAGGUGCUCCCAUCGAAUUCUAUAGCGAUAAUGGGACUAACUUUCAGGGAACGGAUCGAGUGCUACGUGAGCAGAUAAAUUUAGGACUCGAAGCUACGGUGACUAACACAAAUA